UCAACCUUAAAGAUGCGGAGAAACAAGAGGAAGAGGACGAGGAUGAAGAAUGUUUCAGUAGUGCUGAGAGCCUGCAUUAUAAACUUCGCCUGCUAGUCUAUUCACCUCUGCGUAUGCUGAGGGGAAUUUUUCUUCAAUACAGAAAGAUGGUAUUAGUCACGGCCGCACGGGAUUACGUUAACCGGAUGUUACAGGACAUCACCGGCAUGAAGGUUCUUAUCCUCGAUUCUCAAACGGUCAGUAUUGUAAGUGUUGUGUAUUCCCAGUCGGAGCUUCUUCAGAAAGAAGUUUUUUUGGUGGAAUUAGUAGAUUCCAUUUCCAUGUCUAAAGAAUCCAUGUCUCAUCUCAAAGCAGUUUACUUCCUACGGCCGACGUCGCAGAAUAUUCAGCACUUGCGACGGCAGCUGGCUAAUCCUAGAUUUGGAGAGUAUCACUUGUUCUUCUCAAAUAUGUUAAAGGAUACACAGAUCCAUAUCUUAGCUGAUUCUGAUGAACAAGAAGUUGUCAACCAAGUUCAGGAAUUUUAUGCUGACUUUGUUGCGGUUGAUCCUUACCAUUUCACCUUGAAUAUCCCCUCAAAUUGCUCAUAUAUGAUCCCAGCAGUUGUAGAUCCUUCAGGUUUGCAACGCUUUUGUGACUGCGUUGUUUAUGGCAUUGCAGCAGUUUUUUUGGCUUUGAAACGGAGGCCCGUCAUACGAUAUCAAAGGACCUCUGAUGUUGCAAAAAGAAUAGCACAUGAAACAUCAAAGCUGAUGUACCAGCAGGAAAGCAGUCUUUUUGAUUUUAGACGCGUGGAAGUUUCUCCAUUGUUGCUGAUAGUUGAUAGAAGGGAUGACCCUGUGACUCCUUUGCUGAAUCAAUGGACGUAUCAGGCUAUGGUUCAUGAAUUGAUUGAUAUUGAAGACAACAAAGUGGAUUUAAGAAGCAUUGGAAAAUCCACCAAAGACCAACAGGAGGUUGUCCUAUCGUCAGCGCAAGAUGCCUUCUUCAAAGCUAACAUGUAUGAGAAUUUUGGAGAUAUUGGAAUGAACAUAAAGCAGAUGGUGGAUGACUUUCAGCAAAUUGCUAAAAGUAACCAAAAUAUCCAGACCAUAGAAGACAUGGCCAAAUUUGUUGACAACUACCCUGAGUACAGAAAAAUGCAUGGCAAUGUCUCAAAACAUGUGACAUUGGUUACAGAAAUGAGCAAGAUAGUUGACGAGAGAAAGCUCAUGUUAGUGUCACAAACGGAGCAAGAAUUGGCAUGUAAUGGUGGGCAAGUGGCAGCGUUUGAGGCAGUUACGGAUCUCUUAAACAAUGAAAACAUUUCUGAUAUUGACCGUUUACGGCUAGUGAUGUUGUAUGCCUUGCGCUAUGAGAAGGAGAGUCCAGUUCAAUUGAUGCAGCUUUUCAACAAGCUGGCUUCUCGGUCUGCCAAGUACAAGCUCGGGCUUGUCCAGUUCCUCUUGAAGCAAGCGGGUGUUGAUAAGCGAACUGGUGAUCUCUUUGGAAAUCGAGAUCUUUUGAAUAUUGCUCGUAACAUGGCACGUGGACUGCAGGGGGUUGAGAAUGUCUACACCCAGCACCGGCCUCUUCUGUUCCAAACUAUGGAAAGCAUAACCAAGGGCCGUCUAAGAGAUGUGGACUACCCAUAUGUUGGAGAUCAUUUUCAGCAGGCCAGACCCCAGGAUGUAGUUAUUUUUGUUGUUGGUGGGACGACAUAUGAAGAGGCACGUUCUGUUGCUCUGCAGAAUGCCAGCAAUUCUGGAAUUCGUUUCAUACUUGGUGGAUCUGUAGUACUCAAUUCUAAAAGAUUUAUUAAGGACUUGGAAGAGGCCCAGAGGAUUAUCAAAUCCAGCACGAGCGUCAUCUGAGGAGGCUCUGAGGAUAACUAAAUCAAAUACUAGUGUGAUCUGAAGCUCAAUCUCUUCCUAUUUAGAAACUCCAGAGCCAUAUCUAGUCACCUGUGGUAGGCCUAAAAACCCAUCAAAUUCUACUUAGGUGAUGAUGUCUCGAGAAAAAUGCAAUGCAAGACUCAACCAAAUACCAGAUGGGGUUGGAAUUCAAGAUGCAGAAAUCAACGCCCAGGAGUGGAACAAGUGCAGACGAAACUUACAAUUUGUUGGUUACUCGGACCGCUUUUGAUCUGGAGACUUUGUUCAUCGAAGUACUGUUACUUAGAGAUUACUUUUGGGGAGAAUCAUGUAAAAAAAGUACAAACGAAAGCCAGAAUUUGAUGAGGGAUUUGCUUUGUUUGGAUUCCAACAAGGAAAAUGCUUGAGAUCCCCAAUAUAGUUGGUUGUAUGGGGUGCGAUUUUUGACAUGAUAUGGGAGUAACUCGAUCCAGUUGGACGUAGCUUAUACUCCACUUGUUGGGUCUAGUAUAA